AUGACCAAAUAGGCUUCUACUGUUGAAGGCUUGGAGACUCCUGGAGGCAAUAAAAUAAAUCCCUAGAGUAGCUUUGCACCUUUGGCCAGCAGUUCAAUGGUCUCAUUGAAACAAUCUAAUACUCCCAUAAAUAAAAUUAUAAAGGAAAAACUUGAAUAUAACGCAAUAGUGCUGUAAAAGGAUGAUGUGGAAAAUCCGAUCUUCAGAGUUGAUGCUCUCUAUGAUAAAGUGACUCCUAAGCAGCUCUUUGAAGUGCUUAAGAACCAAGAGCAAAUCUCAUCCUGGUUUGGAAAGCAGAUUCAGUCUAAAUUCAAGCAAGUAGCCCAAGAUGGCAGUGAAAUCUUCUCAACUAUCUAUAAGGGCUCUUACCCUCUGAACAAUCGGGAAGUACUACACCGUAGACUAAUCUAGUGUGAUGACAAAAACCAGAUUUAUAUGAUUAACUUCACAACUCAGGGUCUUGAGCAUUUGCAAACUAAGACCAAGAAAUAUGCGAGAGUGUUUCACAAUCUAUGUGGGAUUGUUAUACGUGGUGCUUUGUUCAACGAGAAGAACGAGGUGACUGGGUCUAAGAUAUUCUUUACGAUGCAGAUGGAAUUCACAGGACAUUACAUUCAGAUGUCUGAUUAGACUAAAACUAUCUCAAAUUUUAUGCUUGAUUAUGUUGAGAGACUGAUUGAUAAGGCUUAGAAGGUGAAGGUAUGA